AUGCACUCUUGGAAGGUGCAAGGCGAUUGUCGAAUUUCGCAGCACGAGGUAGAGCAAUCAAAUCGAAUCUUCACCUAUCGCGAUGCCAGCGGAUCUAUCCAACUGCAGCGCUUGGAAACUGUUCCCUCUGGAGUCAGUCUACUCAUGUACUGCAGUCCCACGGACUUCGUGGAAACUUUGUGCCAGGACAAUGGACAGUUCUCAGUCCGGCUGCCCAUGCACUGCUUUAGUCCAAUGCAACCGACGACCAAGCGGAUUCGCGAUGGCGAUUGUCCUGGCGACCUGUACGCCGUGGGAUAUACCAUAGAAGGCAAGGAUCUGGAGCUGUAUCGCACCUGUUUUGAUUCCCAGCAAGGAAGGCUCCUGUACUCGCAGAGCGAUGUCUACUACAAAAGGUUUUUUCCCAAGCGGCCGUUUGUGGAUUUUGUGGCGGAUGAGAUGUUCAGUCCCCAGGAGGCUGCUGCUUAUAUGAAGUCCAACAUCUAUUUUGCCUUCAAAUGCAUUUACGGCGAUGGCCAGUCCUACUUGUCCAGUGCCAAUUCCUUGGUGAUUAAUCGGGGACAUAUGGUGGCUUCCGCGGACUUCCUGUUCACGGACCAGAUGGGCAGUACUUUCCGAUAUUUGAAUGUGGUGCCUCAAUUCAAGUCAAUAAACGAUGGGAACUGGGAAAAAGUUGAGCGAUGGGUGCGCAGUCAGAUACCCGAGUCGACCUAUUUCCGGGUCAAGUCCGGCGGAAUUGGCAUCCUGACAUUGCCAGAUACCAGGGGCGUCCUUCAGUCGGCUUUCCUCGCCGGCUCCAAGAUCCCAGUUCCCGAGUGGACCUACAAAGUGGUGCGGUAUGCCACUGGCAAUGGGCUGUACGUCUUCCUCACGUACAAUAAUACCUUCCGCUUGGAGAGGCCCCAGUGCCCGGAUAUUUGUUACCCAGUUAAUUGCCCCAUCGCUCUACCCAAUAACCCCAGCAAUGGAUUUACCUUCUGUUGCGAUCCCAAGAAGUUCCCCUUUUAA